GUAAUUAACAUUUUCCUUCAGUGUUUCAUUUCACGCUUACCUUUUGAAACAUACAGCAUGCCUCGAGUAAAACUAGACUACGUUGUGAGCUUUAGCAGCGAAGAUUCGGAGAAUCCAGCAAGCAAUUUGCUAGCAUAUGAAGUGAGCAAGAAAAAAUGGCUGUGCAAAGUUGGGGAGGCAUCCUGCUCAGUCGUGCUGCAGCUCAAACAUGCAGUUCAGAUUUCUACAGUUCACAUUGGUGCGUACCAUGCAGCACUAGUAGAAGUCCUGGUGGGGCGCUCGGAGACUCCAAAUGACCAAUUUGAAGUACUGGUCCCGUCAAGCGUGUUCCUAUCGCCUAUGGACUCGCGCCGCGGGACCGGCGUGGAGCGCGUGCGCUCGUUCAGCGCGGAGCAACUCGCACCCGCUAAAUCUCAGAAGUGGGAUCGAGUUAGAGUGGUGUGCUGGCAGCCAUAUAACAAACACUGUAAGUACGGACUCUCCUUCGUGCACAUAUUCGAGUCAGACAAAUCUGACUCAGCCAAGCCGCCAUCACCACAGCCCGUGCCAGCACCGGCCGUGCCUACUCGAGUAGCAGUGCCAGUAGGGCAGUACUCCUCGGAUGAGGAUGACUUCAGGCCGGGGGAGCUGUUUGCUAAGCAUCGACUGAGCGAAGGGAGUAAAAAUACUGAAGUCCAAAUACGACAAGCAUCAUCCCAAGCACUAAGAAACAUAAAUGACUCCGCAACAAAACUAGUUAAAACUCCCAUAGCUAAAACCAAUACUAACCGAACCAACCAAACCGAUGACUUCAACACAAGCAGACAGAAAGACAACCUCAUGUAUACUGAUGAUGAUGAACAGCCACACGCGAAAAUAGACUCUAUAGUCAAGAGGCAUAAGGAUGAGAAAGUACAAGAAACCAAAAAAAAGGAAGCUGUGCAAAAUCUGUUUAGAAAGGAUAAGGAAAGAACUAACAGAUUAGAGCAAGCUAGUAAGAACUUUAGAGAGUUUCUUGAUGAUAAAGAAGAUAAGAAGAAUUCAAGUAGUUCUAGAAGUAAAGACACUUCUAAAGAUAAUGAUAGAAGGAAUAAAGAAUUAAAUAAUUCUACAAGUAAGGAUAGUUCUAGACAUGAUGACAGAAGAAACAAAGAUUUGAGUAAUUCUAGAAGCCAAGACAGUUCUAAAGACAAUAAAAGAAAUACAGAUUUGAAUAGUUCUAGGAAUAAAGAUAGUUCUAGAGAUAAUGACAGAAGGAAGAGGGAUGAUGGAAAUAGUUCACAAUCGCGGACAAAAGAUGCAGCUAGCGGCGAUAAUAGGAAAAGACAACACUCUGAUGAUAGGCAGAAAGGAAAAGAUGUGUUCCGCCCCGGCCCAGUAAGUUUCACUCCUCACACGCUAAUGUCGGGUGUGGUUUUCGCGCUGAGCGGGUAUGAGAACCCGCGGCGCGCGCGCCUGCGCGACGCGGCCGUGGCCAUGGGCGCGCGCUUCGAGCGCGACUGGAACCCCACAUGCACACACCUUAUUUGCGCGUUCCCAAACACGCCCAAACUCCGAACGGUCCGUAGCUCCCCAUCGGGCGCUAACUGUAUAGUGGUACUAGGGGAGUGGAUAGAACAGUGCUGCGAGAAACGGCGGCUAUUACCGUGGCAGUGGUUCGCCACGGAACCCAAGAAGAAAGUCCAACCUCCUGCUGGCUGGGAUGACGAUGAAAAGACCGCUUCAGAAUGCGACACUGACGACGAAAUCGAGAAAGUAUUACGAAAACAGAAGAAACAGCGCACAGACAAAUCUCCCUCCCCUCAACCGACCACCAGCAGAGAUUCGCCCCAACCCCACUCUAGCAGAGACUUGUCACCAAGACCACAGACCAGCAGAGAAAAUUCACCAAAACCACAUUCUAGCAGAGAUAAAUCACCAAAACCACAUACUAGCAGAGAUAAGUCACCAAAACCACAUACUAGCAGAGAUAAGUCACCAAAACCACAUACUAGCAGAGUUAAGUCACCAAAACCACAUACUAGCAGAGAUAAGUCACCAAAACCACAUACUAGCAGAGAUAAGUCACCAAAACCACAUUCUAGCAGAGAUAAGUCACCAAAACCACAUACAUGCAGAGAUAAGUCACCAAAACAGAGUUCAAGCAAAGACUCACGAAAACGUAGCAGAGAUCGAUCAGAUAAAGAAUCACCAAAACAAAAAGGAAAUCUCAACUUUUCCAACAUGUCUUCAGAGUCCGAUGUGGCUUUCGUUAAAGAUGAAAGAAUCCAAGCUAAUAUUACUAUAGAUUCAGGGGAUUCUACGGAUGAGGAGAAACCAGUGGUAAAAGAAAAGAUGGAUAAAUCGCGGGUGUUGCCAGAUUUCUUCGAUGGGUAUACGUUUGUGAUAGAUGAUUGUGUGGAAAAUGCUGGGUUUGAUAAGGCGCUGUUGAGCAGAUACGUGAAGGCAUAUGGAGGGGUUGUUAUGGAUGCGUCCGCAGUCGAUUCGGACAGCGAAAUCAGUUUCGUCCUAAGCGUCGGCGCCGGUAACAGUAAAAAUGGACUCCGUGUGCGCGCGGAUUGGCUGUGGCAAUGCCAUGAGGAAAAACAGCUUGCUGAUGUGGAAGAAUAUAAGAUCUAACCUCUAAACCAGGGGUCGGCAAACUUUUGAGA